ACACCUCCGGUCGAUCUACAACAAUGAGUUUAAGCAAGGGUGUGCUGUACAUCCUCCAUUUUCAAGACUCAUACAUGUCCUUAAGCACAGUGGAGUUAUUCGCGGAUGCGGAGGGGUGAUAGAACCUAGCCAGCAGGUGAAGCUGUAUGACCAGCGCGAUAGGACAUCCUCUGCAUCCAGCAGACCUCAGCCGACCAAUCGUGUGCUCCUCGUAGAGGAGCAGGUCAACAUGGAGGUGGUUAACCUGAGCUUGCGUCUCACAGAGGACAGGGCCGUGCUGAUUGCAGACAAGUACGGCAUCAGCAUCAGCUCCAGUGUGCUGCUGGUCGACGGCACCAUCCGUAUGAGUGUGCGGACAGAAGAGGUGUAUGAGACGAUGCUGUACGUGGAGAACACAGCAGACACAACCAUGCUCCUCACACACUGCUCCUUCCUCAAGGGGGCGCCAUACUUCAGCCUGGAGGACCAGCCCCGGGUCUCCCACGCCAGACCCCUGCUGCUGCAGCCAGGCAAGAGGGCAUCAGUGGGGGAGGGGGUAUUGGGGAGCUCGUGA